AUGUGCUGCCCAGAUUUACCUCCCCUUCCGCAUUCCUUGAUAUUUUCAUUCUCACCUGAUAAACGAAAUGUUAUUCGCUUGGACCACCACCCCUUGACGCCCACUUUCCAUCUAUCUAUCUCACCAUUCUUCGACUGUUUAUUCUAUCUUGCCGGUUUUGAUGAAAGGAGACCACCAUAUUCACCACUCUCUCUCCUUUCUCUUUUUUGUUCUCUGUUCUUUCCCUUUUUCAUCUUAAUUUUCUCCUCUUUUUCUUCGCCCACCUUUUUUAUUUUAUUUUAUUUUUUUUUAGCUUUCUUUCUCUUUUCGCAUUCCAUAAUUAAACCUCUCUCCUCACCGGUUUUUCUUAUCAAACGCCUUCUCGCGACCUUGUCUUCUUUUUCCAUUCUCUUGCCUCCUGAGAUUUCUCUUAAGCACGAAUUUGCUAUUCAUACACCCCCCCACCCACGUCUCAUCUCUAACACUAUUUCAUUCAUUGACUCAUUUCAAUUGCUUGACAUUUGCCCUUGCAUCUUGACUGUCCCCGCCCAUCAAGAUUCAUUCAGUUACAACGCGAGACACUUCAUUUUUUCAGAACGCCUGACCGGAGGCUUUGCCCACCCGACCGUCGACUCCAAACGAUAUCGGCCACCUUGUUUCAAAUUUGUUUUUUUUUUUUUUUCUCUCUCUCUCUCUCUCUCUCUCUCUCUCUCUCUCUCUCUCUCUCUUAACCAAUGCACUCAAGGAAUCCAUAACUGUAACAGAGAUGCGAUUUGUAUAGACCUCAGAAGAACUGGCCGCAAGUCUUAUAAGUGUAAAUGCAAAUCAGGAUAUUAUGGUAACGGGAAAAUAUGUAUUGAUGAAAACGAGUGCAGCUCUAACAACGGAGGAUGUGUGCACAAAUGUGAUAACCAACCCGGAAACUACACCUGCAGUUGUAUGUCUGGAUUCCAAUUAGCUGCUGACGGCCACGACUGCGAAGACGUCGACGAAUGCAAACCGACUGCAUCUUCCCAAGGAAACGGAGGCUGUGAACAAAUUUGCAACAACACAGUGGGCAGCUUUUAUUGCUCGUGCAAAUCCGGUUAUUACCUCAACGCAGAUGGAAAAACAUGCACAGCAAAUUCCCAAUGCCAUAGAGUUUUAGGUUGUGCUCAUUUCUGCAGCCAAACUCCGCAGGGGCAGAGGUGUGACUGUAUGGAAGGCUUUCGACUGCAUCCGAACGGAAAAGAUUGUAUACGAACCUGCGCAAUGGGAAAUGGUGGAUGUCAACACAAAUGCAAAGAUGGAAAGAAUGGGCCGGAAUGCAGUUGUGUGAAAGGUUAUUUUCUGGGCGAAAAUCAAAAGAAAUGCAUUGUAUCAUGCAAGGUUAAUAAUGGCGGUUGCGAGAAACAGUGCAUUGACACAAAAACUGGACCAAUCUGUGCUUGCCCCAAAGGAUAUAAAUUACACGAAGAUCAGAAAAGCUGCUCAGGUAAUAUUUCUAUUUAG